AUAACUGGGGUUUCCAUUUUUUUGUAAAAGAAGAUCAAGUGUGCCCCUUUCUGUGUUCAUUGUCUAUUUCUAUAUAGCACACUAACUUCCACUUCUCUGAAACACACACCAUAUUAUCUCAUCACAACAACAACAACAACAACCACUACUGCCACUACUACUUAUUUCUCUCUCCCCUUUUGCACUAAACCACACUCUCUCUUCUAUAUCAAGGGUUGAUCACACAAUUUCUAAUAAUAAUUCAUAAAGUUAGAGUUAUUGUUUCGAGACACACAGAAAAAGAGAGAGAGAGAGAGAAUGGGAAGAGGGAGGGUUGAGCUGAAGAGGAUAGAGAACAAAAUCAACCGCCAAGUUACUUUCUCAAAAAGAAGGAACGGUUUGCUCAAGAAAGCCUAUGAGCUCUCAGUUCUCUGUGAUGCUGAGGUUGCUCUCAUCAUUUUCUCAAGCAGAGGGAAGCUCUAUGAAUUUGGAAAUGUUGGCAUUACCAAAACUAUUGACCGAUACCAACGUUGCUCGUUUACUCCUCAAGAUGAACAACAUGUUGAAUGUGAAACUCAGAGCUGGUACCAAGAGGUGUCAAAGCUGAAGGCAAAGUACGAGUCUCUGCAAAGGACCCAGAGGCAUUUGCUUGGAGAAGAUCUUGGACCAUUGAACAUAAAGGAGUUGCAGAAUCUUGAGAAACAGCUUGAAGGGGCAUUAGCACAAGCCAGACAAAGGAAGACACAAAUCAUGAUUGAACAAAUGGAAGAGCUCCGCAGAAGGGAGCGCCAUCUUGGAGAUAUGAACAAGCAGCUCAGACUGAAGCUUGAAUCAGAGGGAUUUAAUCUUAAAGCUAUGGAAAGCUUGUGGAGCUCUACUUCAGCUGCUGGAAAUACUGCCUUUCCCUUUCAACCUCCUCAAACCAACCCUUUGGAUUACCAGACUGAACCCUUUUUGCAAAUAGGGUACCAACAAUAUGUUCAAGCUGAGGCAUCUAAUGUUCCAAAGAGCAUGGCUUGUGAGACUAACUUCAUGCAGGGAUGGAUCCUUUGAUUAAUAAUGUUAUUGAAUUAAGUAUAUGAUUUAUGUUAUUGUCUAUAUAUGCAAGGAUUUAUCUUUGUGUUUUGGCUGUUGUUAAAUGUUCUUUGUGAGCAGCAAAGUUUCAGACUUGUUUAGUGUUUUCUGUAAUUGGAUACAAGUACAGACAAUGGUUUUACCAUAUGUUAAAGCAAUGCU